AUGAAACGCAAGGCUAGUGGUAAGUACUGUAAUAUUAUAUGUUAUUAACGUGGAGUUGCGGUGUUAUAUCUACAAACUAACACAUCUAGUAGUGCAUUGAUGUAUAUUUACACUUUAUUGUGUGUAUAUAGUGACUUGAUCUGAAAGAGAAUAUUGUUUUAUUGACCAUUUCCGACGUGUGAUAUUUUUCACAGUUACUGAUCACGAUAAGUAAAAUAACAACUCGAGUUAAAUAUUAACACAAUAUAGUUAAAUAUUAACUUGCAAUAUUAACCAUUUAGGGUAAUGUUACAGUUUUGUUAAUAUUUAACUUAAACAGGUAACAUCGAGUUUAUACUUAACUUAUAUAACUUCGAAAAGGAAGUCCUGAGUACUUUAUACUAAAAUGUGAUCUUUGAACAAAGUAGAAUUCCUGUGUGUUAUAUAUACAUAUGCUAUAUAAACAAAGCAAGUUUUUAUCUUAAAUGGCCAGCACGUUUCUCAGCUUUUACGACUCUUUUACGACCCUACUUUCCAUAAGAAUUACUAGCUUUAUAAAUUUAUAAAAUUUAUAUACCACGAGAAUCUGCAAGGAGAAUGUAAUUAUUAUAGAAACAUCAGCGUUAAAUGAGUGGUAAUAAGCGCAAAAUGUAUAUUAUUACGUAAAUAUUUUCAAAUUUGCUCGGGGUUUUAAACGUAACGGAAAAAUUGGAAUUCGCAAUUUGUAUAUAAUUGUGUGAUUUUGGCAGCUUCGUCCGAGGAGGCGGGAUAGUAUUUAUCUUACUCACGUUAACAUACAAUGCGUAAUGAAAAACUGCAUAGUGUUAUUGAUUUCGAAGAUGUCUAGAGUAUUAAGAUACGGUUAGAAACUGGUUAGGGAAUCCUUAUUGAAAAAAUGUAAAUUUGGACAUUUAUGUAACAAGGAUCUUUUAUGCUCUAUGGCAGGAAUUUCAAAUUAUAAAACUCUUUAGUAGCAAGUGGCUGCAUCAUCCGUUUGGUGUACCGGGUGGCGCAAAAAAAAGUAUAACUGUUUGAUUACAUAUAGCUCAAAGACCAUAAGCAGUAGAACCCAAAAUCGAGUUUCAUUGCAUCCAGCGAUGUCUAACUUAAAUUUUGGUAUAUUCGACAGGCAUUUUCGUCCAAGAUUGACUGAGAUAUGAGUGUUUAAACUUUUGUUAGCAAAUUUGAAACGGUCACAAAUUAGCUAAAAACGGCCUAUUAAACUGAUUUUUAGCUAAUUUGUGACCGUUUCAAAAUUGUUAACAAAAGUUUAAACUCUUAUAUCUCAGUUAAUCUUGGACGAAUAUGCCUGUCAAAUAUACCAAAAUUUAAGUUAGAUAUCGCUGGAUGCAAUUAAACUCGAUUUAUGGUUCUACUGCUUAUUGUUUCUGAGUUACAAGUAAUCAAACAGUUGUACUUUUUUUUGCGCCACCCGGUAGAAAACCGCAUAUAAGCCGUAAGGACUUUGAUACAUAGUCUUUCCAUAAAUUAAUCUUUCUUUGCUUUCAAAUUGAUAGGCAGUCUCAUAGGUGUAAUUUAGGGUUUUGUACAAAUAUACAUUAUACUGUAUAUAGUGUAGCUAUAUAUAGGACUAAUAUUCUUCAAUGGUAGUAAAUGUGUGCAAGAUAUUUUCUUGGAAUAUUUGAAGGCGACAUGCUGUUUCCGCGAAAUGCUUCUCAAACAACCUGUUUGCCCAAGACACAAUGGAAAGCUCAGCCAUCCCAAAGGGUUUCUUCUCUAGUCAGAGACAACGAACAUCUAACAUCAUAUAUUUGGCUUAAGAUGAACCACACUUCGAAUAAUAACAUCUUGUGAACUCAAGAUUCGAGCUAUUUCAAACAAUAUAUAACAAAAUUCAAGGCAACACUUCGACUUUAUUUCAAAGUAAUUGUUAGGUUUGACAAUGACUUUGAAAUAAAGUCGACGUAGCCUAUUAGCUACCUUGAAUUUUGUUAUCUUGUUUGAAAUAGCUAAUCGAAUCAUGAGUUUACAAGAUGUUAUUAUUUGAUGAAGUUUCAUCUUAUAUUUUGCGAAAUUGUCUGCUUCAAAAGGAUUGUAAACUUUUCUGUGAAUAUAUCAUUAUAAAGGCAAUAAUACGUAAACUUGUUUAUUCAUGAUUAUGUACAUAUAUUCAUAUCCACAAGUGAAUUGCGCUAUAUAUAAAUAAAUCUAUUAUUGUUCUAUAUUAUAUCUAUGCUAUAAAACUAGUAUGUCUUUGAAACUGACUUUAAUUAAAAUAUUAAUAUACAAUCGUGAAUUAAAGAGAUUCAUCAUAGGUGUGAUCCACUUUGAUAAACACAAACUUUGAUUAAAUGAAGAAACUUCAACAGACAAUAGUGUAAUCCCGUGCAUGUGGUCAGGGCUUCGGUCAUCAAAAAUAAUCAAAUUUUGACUAGAAUACAUUUGAAGUUAAAUCUAUAUAAUUUUUUUGCCCAAACUAUCUUUCGUUCAAAGAACUUUUGAUAGCAUAUAAACAAACAAUCAAUCCUUGUUUAUUUCAAAUAUUUCAUUUCUUUUGUACAGGUCAAGGAAAAGUAAACCAACUUGGUGGCGUGUUUAUCAACGGUCGCCCUUUGCCCAACACAACAAGACUGCGUAUUAUUGAAUUAGCCCACAUGGGUGUGCGCCCUUGCGACAUCAGCCGUCAACUCCGUGUAUCUCACGGCUGCGUAAGCAAAAUCCUGUCACGCUACCAAGAAACGGGCUCGAUCCAACCCGGUACAAGUGGCAGCCCGAAACCGCGGGUCAUUACAAAAGACAUAGAACUCAAGAUCGACGAAUACCGUACAAUGUACCCUGGGAUGUUCUCUUGGGAAAUCCGCGAACGAUUGCUGUUGGAUAAAUUCUGCAGCCGGGAAACUCUCCCCUCGCUCAGCUCUAUAAGUCGCAUGAUGAAAAGUAAAUUGAGAUCUGAAAGUCUGGAUAGCGGGACACAAUCGAACAGCGAGAACGAGGAAGACGAUAGGGAACAUCAGGCGGUAGAUAGGGAAGAUGAUGUACAUCAUGAUGAAGAUAGGGAUCGUGAGAGUGUAUCCUCUGAUCAAGAACAAACUAUUGUACCAAGAAUUAAACAAGAGAAAGUUGAAUAUACUGAAGAAAUGGACGAAGGGAAUGAUUCAGGUACGAAUUGGUGGGUUUCGAAGGGUGGCUCCCACUCAGAUGGCCCUAGAUCAUCCAGAAACAGUCAGCAUUGACCAGUGCUUAUGCAAAUCGUUUCCAUGUUGUAUGAAACUUUUUUCGGCGAGGUGCGGAUGACCUCCUUUCCGGAAAUUCACUACAAAUCUCAGGCGAGCACUAUAUAGUCGUUGGUCACGUUCCAGCGACUAGUAAGGCAAUAAUCUAGCCAGUAAGCUGUUUUCAAAUUCUGUGGUUGCUCAAAGGUGGCACAUUAUAGGCUUAGUAGUUCAAUUUCAUACCCUCUCGCUUUGUCAUAAGGACCAUAAGGUCCCAAGUCCAAGAUCACUGAGAACCAUGAAAUAAUACGUUAUUACACGUCGCGUGACAAAUACAGCGCAUUAUAGAUGGGUGUAACCUCUUGCCGUCAAGGGUCCGAUAUCAAAGUAUUCUUAAGUACACAAUAACUGUCCUUAAUUAGUUGUUUGAAUGUUUUUGAAGGUCACCUAAAAAUACAAUUUUUAAAAAUCACGGACACGUCAGUGCUUAUGAACAGGGAAGUAAAGUCAUGGCAUAGAGAUGUGGGAUUAGCCUAGUUUAACAAGUACAACCGGUUUCCUACGGGAACUCCGACAUCCCCCAAUGUGCCGGCAAUAUGAGAUGACCCUAUAACUGCACCUCUAAGUUGGAACAGCUUAGAACGGAUAAAGAUAUCAAUUAUGAACGAAGUUAGUUUAGUUUAGAUUUCCGUCUGGACUUAUUGAUCACUAGAAACGAAUGAGCUAUAUUCAGAAUAAAUGAGGUUAAUAUAGUUUAGGUUUCCUCUCGUAGAGAUGGCCUAACCAGAUUUUUAGACAGAACAGUUUAGAACUGAUAGAGCUAUCCAGUAUUAAAUAAAGUUAGUUACGUUUAGGUUUCCUACCGUAGACAUGGGCUUAUAAUUAUUGGACUUUUAGAAAGAACAGUUUAGAACUGAUAGAGCUACCACCCAUAUUAAACAAAGUUAGUUUAGUAUCCUUCAAUUCUUCAUUCUUCCAUUAGUUUUGACACAAGUGAAAGUAAAAUGAGGUGCAUAGUAAAAAAAAUUAUAUCAAUUUUGUUGCGUGAAAUCUGCACUUGCUAUCUUUAAGAGUUCCUUUAAAUAACCCGUUACUUUAACUGCUCGCAAGACCCCUCCCUAGCGAUAAUUUCCGUUGAUAAUACUCAAGUGUCAUUCCCUUAUCGCGUGUACAACUUGAACGUUCAAGCAGCGUAAGUCCUUAUAAAGAUAUCACAAGGGUCGCACUAGCUUUGAUCAUAACAUUGGAAUACGCCACGUUUUCAUGGCAACCCGAUAAACAGGAGGUUAACCGUACAUUAAAUGCAUGUAAUCACCCAGACAAGCCCCACGCCACGAUAAGGAAUGCCGCCUCUUGUAGAUAGGAAAUACUAUGGGGACAAAUUUUUCUUAUAAAUUUUAUUUGAAGUUUUGCCGCACAAGUAAGCUAUGUCAUUGGUAUGAAGUGUUGUCAAGGGUAAACUCUAAUCCGUUGGUUUGAAAUAGAAAGAUUAUUUGUAUAUAUAACCGGUGUAAUUAAUCAACAUAUUUCCUGCAGUUUCUGACAACGAUUCAAAAAAUGCAUGCUAGGUCUUUUUUCCUGCCGAAAUUCUAAUGAGGAUUCCCUUAUUGAGGAGUAAGAAAGCUUUUUCAACAUAUGAUUAAGUCAUUAAGAUGCAUAUAACCAAAUGAACAAUCAAGGUAUGAAGACUAUAAAUUAAGCUUACUUAUACAGGAUAGCUAUAUCAGUUCUAUCCUCUCUAGAGGUUCAGUAAGGUCAAACCUUCAUGUUGUUGAAAAAAACAUGUACUGUUUGGUAAAAUUUAAUUUCUAUAACAAUUGACAACGUCAUUUGUUCAAAAGCACAUGUACUUAUCAUAGAAAAACUUGGAACGGUUGCUGAGGAAAGUUAAAACGUAAUGUACUGUCUGUUUUUUUCAUAAAUACAGAACAAUUGAAAACCUGCUGUCAAGAUGAUUUUUUUUGUCAACAAGAUUUUUUAAAAUAUUUUUUAUCAGUUUUACAAUAAGAAAUUGAAGGCACAGACAACAGGACUCGCAAUGACAAUGCUUGUUCCCAGUUGCUAACAAGUCUGGAACAAUCAUCUUGUAACGAGGUUGUCAACAAGUUGUUCCAACAAGUCUGAUACUGUCAGCACGUAACACAAGUUGUUGACGACAACAAGCUCGUAGCAACUUGUUACGAACAGUCUGCAUAUACAGUGGUCUUGCUGGAACAACUUGUAGCAAGUCUGUUACCGUUAUCAACCUUGUAACAAGAUGAUAACAACUUGUUCCACACUUGCCACAAGAACUGAAAACGAGCAGUGCAUGCGAACGCAUCCUGUUAUCGGCUUGACAAUAACCUUGUAUAUUACAACUUGUUGGCAGAUACUGUACGCGCGUUUUACAUUGUGUAGAUACUGUAUAGCUUAGAAUAUUGCAAAGAAUAUUCUGCAUAAUUAAUCACGUUUACCUGCCAAAUUACCGUGUGAGAAUAUAUGCACGCACAUGUUAAGGGCAUGGUCAUAAAGUGGUCCCCACUUCAAAACAUGUUAAAUCAACAAUACCUGUCAUUUUGAUUUAUAUUUUCCUUCCGCAUGUAAAUAACCCAGUACAUUUGCAUUGUAUAUUUUUGAAAAGGGCAAGGUCAUUUGUUAAUGCUAAGAUAUCCCAGCACAAAAGAUUUGACAUUGCAAGUCAAUAGACGGCUUAAUUAGAUGUUUAGCACUUAGAAUUAGGGUAAUUAACUUAGUAUACGAUAGCAACUGUAUUUUCUAAACAGUUUUUCGUGUCCACAAUCACUUAAUGAAACUAUGUCUUUGAAAAGAAUGUUCUUGCAUUUGAAGUCGAGUAUUUGAAAGAACUUCACACCGUCACAAGCCUUUAACACUUUCAAGUACUUUAUUUUCCAUGGCCAUUUCUUAUCCAUUAUACACAGAACUGAGAAUAUUGCUUUACAAGUGAUUUACGGAAAUGUGCACGGUGCACGAAUGAUGAACGCGAUUACGUUUUGCAACAACAUUUUGCCUAAUAAGUAAGCCUUUAUCCAACAUAUCCAACAUUUUGAUCCAACUAAUUUCAAAAAUAAUAAAAAAUAGUUUAUUGAGUUUCUCACUCAUUGGUGAGCGGAUUUCUCAACAGGCUAUUUAUUGCUCAAUUGAUAUAGGGGAUCCGAGGUACCUCAGUUCGAUUUUAACGUCUUUAUCCGAGAAGACUAACCAUUUACUCAUGUCAAUGUAAAGGUAGCACUUUCUCCUCAAUUAUUUUAAGAUCUUGAGUAGAUUAGAGAUCCGACCCGGGAUUGAACCUAGGUAUCCCAGCUUCAAAGGCAAGCGUGGUGAUCACAAGCAAGAGCAAGACUCGUUUCAUAUAAUCUAUGAAAUAGGUUUUGCAAUAUUUCGAAAUAAUGGUAUGCAAUAUUCUAGUGUAUGGCAUGCUUCGCAAACAUGCAUGUUGUACACUGGAAUAAGAUCUAUAUUCAUCUUUUGACUAUGCUCUACCAACUCUAUAUUCAUCUAGAUCUAUAUUCAUCUUUUGACUAUGCUUCUACGCUAUCCGCCUCGAUUAGCGUUUGCUAUUUGCGGAUUAAGUGUACAGUUUCAUUGUAUUAUAGUGAAUAAUUAAUAAAUGAAUAUAUACAAUGAAUAUAAUAUAAAUAUAUCACGGCACAACAAGAGCUGGAAAUUCAGUUUGAAAUUCACAUAAGCACUGGCUGUUGUAGAUUUUUUCUAGAUGGUGCUAGAGAUGUUACGGGAAGGGGGUGUUUUAGUGGUUCCUUCCGAACUUAUACAAUUUCUAGUCAAAGAAAAUACUAGACCAUGUUCCGUAAUGAAUUAUGGAAACUAUGAAAGUUAUACAUUUCAUCUAACAAAAAUUCAUUUCUUCACUUCAGACUCCAGUUACUAUGGUGAGACCACCUUGGGAAUGCCAUUCCAUGCCGACCACCUGAUACUGAAGCAAAAGCAGCGUCGGUCAAGGACAAAAUUUACAUCCAGUCAGCUCGAGGAGUUGGAGAAAGCCUUCCAGAAAACACAUUAUCCAGAUGUCUAUACCAGAGAAGAACUAGCUCAAAGAAUUAACCUUUCUGAAGCGAGAAUACAGGUAGGAUUUCUAGUACCUUUGUACGAAUUCCCAGGCUAUAAGGUUGGGUUACAGCAUUUUUGCUCACAAAGGGAAAAUAGAACUGACCAAUCAGAUAUGAUUUCGCUUGCAAGUCGUGCUGUGAUUGGCUGAAACGAACUCUAGUUAUAGUAAUUAUGCAAGGAAUUAAAUCCACUGAUCUGAAAAGAUAUCUGGACGUCCAACUUCAUUUCUUCACACAAAAAUAAACAAUCCAGUUUUAUUUGGAGGCCAUGAGGCUGAGCUUUGAAAAUAAGUAAAAUAUAAACCAGUUAUUCAUUUUUGCAAAACAAUUUUGGAAAUGUAUCGAAGUAAACUCUUUUCAUUUAUUUCUGGUAUGUACGUGUACUUAAUUAAGGUCACUAAUUACUUUUCAUUUAUUCCUGCUAUGUACGUGUGCUUAAUUAAGGUCACUAAUUACUUUUCAUUUAUUCCUGGUAUGUACGUGUACUUAAUUAAGGUCACUAAUUACUUUUCAUUUAUUCCUGGUAUGUACGUGUGCUUAAUUAAGGUCACUAAUUAGUGCUAAUUGAAAGUAUUGUUGUAUUAAAUCAUCUUUUAUUGUUUUCCACAGGUCUGGUUUUCUAACAGACGUGCGAGAUUACGGAAACAAGAACUUCCAAAAACUCAACAAAUUUCAACGCCAAGAAUUAUCCCAUCCGCACCUAUCCCUUUCCCCACAUUUUACUAUUAUUCCUAUCCAUCUCUAUCCCCAUAUCCUAUCCCUUCGUAUCCACGCACAACCAUGUGCAGCUGUGGUUAUCCAUGCAGCGGGAGUUCUGCCCAUGCGCAGGCCGCCAAGUAA